AUGCGGGUCGUCGCUCAGCUCCUCGCCAUCGUGCCGGCGCUCCUCCUCGUCAACGCCGCCCCAGUGCGCGAGCGUCGUGUCACGCGGCGCUCGGUCCUCGAGCUGCGCGCCCUCGGGCCGGACGGCGCUCCGCUGCGCCCCUCGAACGACUCGUUCUAUCAGCCGACUGGCGACUGGGCGUCGCAGGCCAACGGCGCCGUCCUCGACUCUCGCCCCGUGUGGACCCAGUUCGACAUGGGCGCGAGGUCUGUGUACCAGGUCCUGUACAAGACGACGAGCCCGCUGGGAGAGGCGGACGCCACGGUCACGACCGUCUUCCGCCCGGCUGAGCCGGCUUCUCCUCCUCGCAUCAUGCUCCUCAUGGCCCCGAUCGACACGGCGUCGCCCGACUGCCAGGUCGCCUACUCGCUCGAGAACGGCGGGCAGAGCAACGCGACGAGCUUCCUCCAGUCGACCGUCGCGCUCGACAUCGUCUCGUCGCUCAGCAAGGGCUGGUACGUCUCGGUGCCCGACCACGAGGGCUCGAACGCGUCGUUCAUCUCGGGCGUCACCGAGGGCCUCGCCGGCAUCGACGGCCUGCGCGCGCUCCUCAACCACAACGAGACGAUCCCGUCGACCGACAACUACUCGGCCGUCAUCCACGGCUACUCGGGCGGCGGCCACGCGAGCGCUUGGACGACCCAGUUCCUCUCGACCUACGGCGAGGGCCUGAACGUCAUCGCUGCGGCGUACGGUGGCGUCCCUGUCGACCUGACCUCGACCCUCGCCCUUCUCAACGGCGGCAACGACAGCUACCUCGCCAUCAGCUCGCUCGUGGGCCUCGCCAACGCCUACCCGGACCUCAACGCCUACUACGAGACGAUCCUCACCGAGAACGGCACCCGGGCGUUCGAGGAGGCGCGCACCAUGUGCAACACGCAGCUCGCCGACGUCCUCUCGAACGUCAACGUCUCGAGCCUGUUCACGACCGGCCUCGACUUCCAGAACAGCUCGGUCGCGCAACGCUACGUCCAGGGCGGCCUCCUCGGCGCGCCGCUCAACGACUCGAUGUUGACGCCGGUCAACAUUUCCGGCGUCGUCGAGAUCCCCGUCUUCCAGUACCACUCGGUCACCGACCAGGUCGUCGCGUACGAGCCCGUCCCGGCGUACGUCCAGUCGCAGUGCGACCGGGGCGCCAAGAUCAAGUUCAUGUCGUCGAUCGGCACGGACCACUCGACGACCUCGAUCGUGUACGCCGGCGACGCGUACCAGUUCCUCGACCAGGCGUUCAACGGCACCUUUAUCGACGCGUGCAACACGUCGACCGUCGGCGUCGACCUGUACCCGGGCUCGCCCGCCUUCAUCGAGUCGAUCGGCACCGAGGCGUGGACGCUCCUCGAGGCCCUCCAGGCGGCGUCGGCCCCGGCCAACAGCACCUCGACGGCGGGCGCCUCGUCGGCGUCGGCGGCGGCGGCUACGGCCACCUCGGGCCCCAUGUCGGGCUCGUCGGCCGUCCCGUCGGGCAUGUCGUCGAUGCUCUCGUCGAUGCUCUCGGCGGCGUCGACCGUGUCCGGCUCGUCGCCCGCCACGUCGGCCAUCACGGCGACCGCCACCAGCGCCGUCGCGUCGAUCGUCUCGUCCGCUCUCUCGGCAGCGAGCUCGUCGGCGUAG